UUAAUUUUCAUUUUUUUUAUACAAAAAAACACGGAAUCAAAUGUAAUUAAAUUAAAUUCUGAUUAAAACACUAAUAACAAUGUUCCUUAACCUUAUGGGUUUGAUAAUGGCGUGACACCUUUUAUCUCCUUCUUCUCAACAAUCUCAUCUUCUCUUCUCUCACUCCAAUUGCUUGCAGCUCACUCCUUCUCCAUCAUCUUCUCUCUCUCUUCCAAUGGGAAACUGCCUCCCAAACUCCCCUCCCAAAUCAACGGCCGAGAUCUCUCCGACGACGGCGAAACCUACCUCCACCGUCACAGUAAAACUCACCGCACCACCGAACAGUCUCUCAACCUCUUACCUCCGCUUCGCUCUCCUCCACAAGAACCUCAACCUCCGUUUCGUCCCUUCGGAAAACGAGAAACCGACAAUCCAAAUCGGAACAGAGACAGUCUCGGGAUCUCAAGAGGUUCUACUCCGUUACAUCGAGGACAAGUUUCCCGAGCCGAGGCUGAUGAUAUGGAAGUUUAACCUAGAAGGCUUUGAUGAGGCGACGCCGCCGAUAGUGAAAGCGAUUUGGCUUCAGCACAGGAGCAUGUUGUGGCAUAUCGAGAGGAUGCUGAGGUGGACGGAGGAUUUAGCGGCACGUGGAGGGAGGAGAGCGGUUGAUCCGAAGGUGGGGACAAGGGGGAUGGAGAUAAGGAAGUUUGUGAAGAGUUAUGGGGAGUUGCAUGAGGUUAUGGUUGAGCAUGCUCAGAUGGAAGAGAGGAUUCUUUUCCCUGUUCUUGAAUCUGUUGAUAGAGGGAUGUGUAAGAGUGCAAAUGAAGAACAUGGGAGAGAGUUACCGAUGAUGAAUGGGAUUAAAGAAUAUAUCAAAUCGAUUAGUGUAAUGGACUCUGGGAUAUGUUCUGAGGAACUCUUUAGUCUUGCUUCUCGUUUUAAGUCAUUGCAGGUGAUGUGUAAAGCACAUUUUGAAGAGGAAGAGAAAGAGCUGUUGCCAAUGGUGGAAGCUGCAGAGAUGGGGAAAGAGAAGCAGAAGAAGUUGAUGAAUCAAAGCUUGGAACUUAUGAGAGGGACUCAUUCUAACGUGUGUGAUUUUUUACUGCAAGGUCUCACUCCUCAAGAAGCUAUGCAGUAUCUUGACUUGCUCAUGAACUUUGCUGAUCCGAAUCUUAUCUCAUCUUUUAUCUGCCAACAAGACAUUGUCGACUGAUCGUAUGCUCUUGCCUAAAAAUUGUGAAAACUGUUGUGUUUGGUGAAGUGAAUUUGGUGUAAAUAUAGUCAGAUUAACCAUCAGGCUGCUUUGUUUCUUAUUGAUACAAACAAAAAAAAAAGGAUUAUAAGAGGGGAAGUGGUGAUUACAUAUGUUACCAUUCAACAAUGUUAAUUUGAUUUUAUCCUGUUUGAUUGAUUCAAGAAAACUAGGUCUUCAAUCUUGUCUGUUUAAGAGAUUGGUUGUCGGUUACU